UGACAGGUGUAGCGUCCAAUAGGAAUCUCGCAACCUUCUCAAUGCAGCCAAUCAGAGAGCGGGUCACGGCAGAGGACGGUUAGCAGCCGCGGGCGUCAGAAAUUACGAUACGCACCUCAGCAUGGAAACAGCUACGAUUCACACAGUGAGCUGAUAAAUAGCGUUCUAGGAUCAGUUCAUCAUAUCCAACAGGACAGAGACUCACAGAUGGAGGGUGAGACAGGUGAAGCAGGUGAGAUCGUGACGCUGACGGUCAUCAGGGGUGGUGAUGGUCAGCUGGGCUUCAGUGUGCGAGGAGGAUCUGAACACGGACUCGGCGUCUUCAUCAGCAGAGUGCAGAAAAACAGCGCCGCAGAGCUGGCGGGUCUGUGUGUCGGUGAUAAGCUGUUGGAGGUGAACGGCGUGAGUCUGGAGAACAUCAGCAUGAGCAGCGCUGUGAAGGUGUUGAUGGGUCACGCUCGUCUCCGUCUGCUCGUCCAGCGGCUGGGACGCGUGCCUGGCCUUCGUUACACUAACGAGAAGACCACCUGGGUGGAUCUGAUCCAUCGGCGGAUGGUGGUGGAGGAAUCGGACGCUCCCGUCUCGGUGUACAGCUCAGAUGGAGCGCUGUGUCGAACGGUUCACCUCCAGCUCUCUAAACACCAGCCCUGCCUGGGACUCAACAUCCGCGGAGGACGAGAAUACAACCUGGGCAUCUACGUGUCCAAGCUGGAUCCUGGUGGUCUGGCAGAACAGGGCGGAGUUAAGAUGGGGGAUCAGAUCCUGUCGGCCAAUGGCGUGAGCUUUGAGAACAUCAACCAUUACAGAGCAGUGGAAGUGCUGAAGAGUCAACCUCAUGUCAUACUGACUAUAAAAGAAGCAGGCAGAUAUCCAGCCUACAAAGAAAUGGUUACAGAACUCAGCUGGGUGAAUAAAACGGGCAGUGGAACCGUCUAUUCAUCCUCACAAGGGUCGGAGUCUCACUCGUCCACCUCCUCUCUGUCCUCCGGGACGCCCCUCGGCUCUGUGAGCGGACUCUCUCAAGCGACUCUGCCCGUUAGCUUGCCUUUAGGACCCAAAAUGUCCGACGUCUGCGGCUCCAAUGAGGCCCAGUUUCAUCCAGAUUCCACUGAUAGUGACAGUCGGUCAGAGCAGCUGCGGACGGUGAGCCGAGGACCCACAGAACUGCUGCAGGACUCCGUGAUCCGGAGCGAAGGAGAGUUAGGAGAGAGAAGGAGGGAAGGCAGGAAUACAUCUCUGCUCAUGGCUCUCAGCCGACCGAGUCCUCCCAUACGCCGAACUCGAAGUCAUGUGACUGUGUCAGAAGAGGAAAAGAAACAGAAGAGGAAGCAGACGGAAAGAGGAGAAGAGGGAAGCAGUCCGCUGCAGCGCUCCAAAACAUUCUUCAGUCUGUUUCGAAAGCGAGAUUCCUCAAGAUCACGCUCCAGAUCUCCGUCCCGCUCAGAGAGCAUUCUGGUUUCUACAGGCAGGAAUGAUGCUGGUUUAUCUGAGAGGGACGCUCUAACUCAGGUGCGAGAAAUGGCCGUCAGAUUGCUGGAGGAUGAAGAUGUGGUCAUGCUCAUGGAAAUCUGUGAGCGGUAUUUAUCAGAGCGAGGGCUGACGACGCUCGUGCAUCCGCUGCUGGCCGUCAUGAACACGCCAGAGAAGCUCCUGCUGCUCCGAGAGAUCAGAUCGCUCGUGUCCUGCAGUGAUCUUCCGCUCUUCAACAGCAUGGUGUCUCCAUUUGAAGAAGACGCUUAUGAUAUUCUGAAGAGGCGCUCACGCAGAAGCUCUCCUCUCCGCUCUCCUCAGUUAGGCCACGCCCCCCGACGCCACCUCGUCACACCUGUUCCAGAUCUGCACGGUGGAUUUGAGCUUCACGCCGCAGAGGAUCUUGAGAGACAGAAUCAGCUUCUGGAAGGUCUGACGCAGCUGCGUCUGUCCUGCGGUCAAGACCAGAACGAGUCCAGAGCCUUCAGCCCGUUACUGGACGUUCCUGUGGAUACUUACGGUCAUUCAGACUCAUUAACCUCCUCCAGGACGUCUGCUCUCCUUCCCAACUGGCUGCUGGCGGAGAACACGCGUCCAGACUCUGUCCAAACGCCGGACGACGCUCUCAGUCGUUCUGAGGAUUCAUCACAGAGAGGAGGAUCUCCUGUCAGGAACGGACAUUCAGAGAGGAGAGCAGAUGUUCUGUCCACUGUAGUGGACGCUCCUCGACACAAGAGGCCGCUGCUCUCACAGGUCUUCGGUUCCCUGAAGAAGUCCCAUAGUUCAACAGUGUCACCUGCGGUAGAGUAUUUGCAUGAGAAACGCACCUGUGACAUCCACACCGAGCCAGAGUUUGAGCUCACCACCGUCCACAUCAGCAAAACCAAGCAGUCUCUGGGGAUCAGUAUAUCCGGAGGAUCAGAGUCGCGGGUUCAGCCCGUGGUGAAGAUCGAGAGGAUUUUCCCAGGAGGAGCUGCGUCUGCCAGCGAUGCUCUGCGGGCUGGUUUUGAGCUGGUUUCGGUGGACGGCGUCUCUCUGCAGGCCGUCACCCAUCAGGACGCUGUGGAGAUCGUUCGACAGGCCUUCAGUAAUAAGAACAUCAAUCCCAUGGAGCUCGUGGUCAAAGUUCCCAGAGAGCCCAGAGUCUCAUGACACGUGCCUUACCCCCUGCUCUGAAUCUCCUGAUUCUCCCGCUCUUCUGUUUGGCCUGCGAUCAUCGCGGCCCAGUUUGAGUGCUUGUGUUCCUGUGCUGGGACACGAGGACAGAGAUCCGGACAGCUGCGGGUCACUCCCGGUGCCCGGCGCUGCCAAGCGUUCACUGCCUACAACAGACCUACUUCAGAUGACCAAAAAAACACAAAUCACUGACGAUUAACCCACGAAAAAUCGGAGAAUCCUGCAGCAGAGGGACGUGAACUGAGAGAAGAAGACGUGAAAAGAUCCACUCGGCUCCUGCAUGCUUUUCCUGACACUUUCCUCUGAAAUUAUUGUUAUGAUUAUGAUUGUUGUGUUCUUGUAUGUUGUUAAAAAGAGAGUUUUCACGUCUGUCAAGCUCCACAAAGGACAGAAAAUUUGAUAAAAGUACCAUCACAAUACCAUUAGAGUCCUAAAGCACACGUUUUUGGGGGGAGACAAUUAAAAAUACAUAUUAACAAAAGGAUGCUAAGAUUAAAUUUUGCAGAAGCUGAUGUGAUGCUAAAGUGUUUCUCAUUGGAUGGUGAUAAAUUUAUAGUUUCUUUUUUAAUUAUUACAUUUGUUUGUUAUAGUCAUAAGUAAAAUGGCUAAGACUGAACAAUUUAAAAAUGACAUUAAAAUGUAUCUGGAAACAAUAUCUAAAAGUUAAAACUUGUUUUUCUGUCAUUUUUUCCCUUUUCUUGUUUAGUUAUAUGGACUCUGGUUUGUACAACAUGCUUGGUUCCCAAAAAAUACAUAAAUAAAUUAUAAAAACAUCAUUUGAUGUCGAACCUGUCACAAUACUUGAGGUGCAUUUGUAUUCGUGAAAGAAUAAUAAUAAUAACAUUUUCCAUGAGUCUGUUCCUCUCUCAAAGCAUUGUAUGACUUCAAAUAGACUUGAAUUACAGCCCAUGAGCCGAGCUGAGACACUUUCAUGAUGCUUUGAUGAUGCUUUUUCAUCAUUUUUAGAGGCUGAGUCUUUGGUCACUGUAUGUGAAGAUCAUGUGUGCUGAACGUCUCCUUUAAUGUUCCACCAACAAAACAACAGCACACGCAAACGAGGGUGCGUAAACAAUCACACAAUCUUCAUUACUGCAUCUCUCUCACAGUGUUUAUAUAAACGGCUGGACUUCUGCUUUUGUCUAAGCUGAGAAUCAAUCACAACAGAGACCUUUAACACACACAAAAGGCUUCGUCCGCUCUGAUGACGGCUCUAUAAAUAGAGCGCAUAUUAAUAGUGUUUUCAGAGAACUACGGGUUACGGGAAGCCACACCUGAUUCAUGUGCAUUUCAGAUAUAAUGCAAUUAUAUUAAUAGAUCACAAAACGAACUCGAUAAAAGCAGCGUAGACGUGAAUCUCAAAGGCUUUCAAGAACACGUCUGAAAAUAAAGCCUAUUUUAAGAUCUUUUGCAUUGUGAAAUAAUUCUUGUUUAUAUUAUUUUUAGAUUUAAACAUUUUCCCCUAAUUUAAUAAUUACUGUAAUGAUAUGCAAUAAACUAGUUAACUCUAAAGUAUAUUGUAGAGCAGGGUUACAAAAUUUUAAAGAGUUGUUAACUGAAAUAAAAAAUUUAUAUUAUAUAUAUAAAAAUAAUAAAAAAUAUACCACGGCAACAUAUUUCAUUUUUAUUUAGUUAAGGGUUUUAGCUGUUAUGUAUAAUAAUUUUUACAACCUGAAAAAUGCCAAAACACAACAAAUUAAAGCUUAACUAAAAUGAAAUUUAAAAAAAAACAUAAAAGUAAAAAAUAAAAUUUUAAUAUCUAAAAAUGACGUUUUUUACUGUCAUUUUCUCAGGAAAAAUACUGUUUAUUUUUCUUUUUUUUCUCGCUCACCUCAGAUUCUUCUCUGAGAAACCUUGAGACGCUCCCUGAGGAGCAACGACAAAAACAUCAACAACAAGUGGCUGCACAGGAAAUGAUGUCAUCAUGCUUCAAUCUGAGCACAAAUGUGUGUGAGUGUGUGUCAGAGUGUGUGUGUGUGUGUGUGUGUGUGUGAGAGAGAGUUUGUUUAUAGACUGGAGGAACAGCGGAUGUGGGUUUGACCAUCAUGAGCUUCACCCACACCGAACGACUCCACCGUCAGACUUUUACAUUUUAUGAUGAAAAUAGAGGCCCACAGUGAAAUGUAAUACUUAUUCAAAAACUAAAAUCUCUAGGUCUAAACAACGCCAAACACCACUAACAUCUUCAUCAGCUCAGCUCACGAGUCUGUGUGCUAGAAUUACCCGAGCAGUACAGAAGCGCUCUCACGGGAAGCUGAACACCUGAGCGACAGGUAAAGCCAGAAUCCAGAUUUCACAUUACAGACGAAGACUCUCACAAACACGGAAUGACAUUAUUCUAAAAAUAUGUUAUUUACUAAACGGCAAGGAUUACCAAACUUUCUUUGUCAUCCGAACCCCUUUGAGCUAAAAUAUUUUCUUGAACUCUCCUUGAGAUAUUAAUGUAAUAUUUCAAUAAUUUAACACAUUCACGAUUUUUAGAUGGCAGUUAAUUUAUUUUGUUUAUUUAUUUUAUAGACUUCCCUUAAACACUACUGAAGGAGGAUGAGCAAUGUUAAAAUGUUUUUAUUUGAAAAAAAAAAAAAUCUUCAUACAUUUCAUAUCUUUUUUGUCAUAUUUUGAGCCAAAAUAUUUUUUUGACGUCUCCUUGAGAUUUAAGUUAAUGUCAAUAAUUUACCAACAUAUUCACAUUUGUUUGAUGUGACACGCAAGAAAAAUAACAUAUUUCAUUCCUUUUUAGUCAGUGUUUUAUUUUGAUUGUUUUUAGUUUAAAUUUAUUUAAACUUUGUUUAAAACUUAUUUAUUGAUUUAUUCAUUAAUUCAUAGAUUUUUUUUUUUUAAGUUAUUUAUUUAUUUAUUUAUUUGUUUGUUUGAUUGACUUUAACCACAAUAUUUUAACUUUAUUUAUUUUUUAAUUAAAAUUUUUUAUAACUCACAAACCUCCCCGUCCCCUCAUAAACCCCAGUUUGGGAACUAAACAAAUGCAAAUGAGUUGCAAAUUCAUCAGUCUAUUCAUAUAGUCAACAUACAGACAACUAGUCCAGUGCAGUUCCAAACAGCAUGCAAUAACCCAAAAAUGCAUAAAGUAACUGUAUUUGGAUUGAGAGCGUAUUCUACCGCUGUCUUUGGUCGGAAACAGAAGGUCUUGAGUGAGAUCACGGUCAGAUCUCUCGGAUUAAAGCGGUUUUCUGCUGCGGUCUGAUAUCAGCGCUAUAAUAAACAGCCAGUAAUUAUCACAGAGGCCUUUAUCCACUAACGCCACUAUCUGCCCAAUGUGUCAGCAAAUAUGAAACGACUUUGUCUAAUCAAACAGACUUCAUUAAGGCUCAAACCUCAUUCAGUGAUUCGUCCCAGUGAAACGCAGCUGAUUGGAGGUCACUGGGUCACUGGAAGGAUCCAGAGACAGUAAAUGUCUGACUCAACUCCUGUCGUGUUUCAGCAUGUCGACUGAAAUCAAUGCUAUAAUCAAUCAUUUGAUUGAAAAUAAUAACUGGAUGCCAUUGCAAUCACAUGCAAUGAAGUCACAUGACAGUGUUUAUCAUGGAAUUUAUUAAUUUACUGUUUUUAAUUUUAAGCAGCAGGCAGUGUACACUACACAAUAUGAAGCAUUCCUCACAAAAAUCACACGCAUGUGCACUGAACUUGUAUUUAAACUAACGCUCACACCUUUAUUUGAAUAUUGAGUGAUACUGAACAUCUAGUUCCUGUAUUUCAGGACUGUUUGACACACUUUAGCUUCUCCAAUGGAAUAAAUUAAUAAUAGUAAAAAAAACAUUUUAUCUCACGAUUCUGACAUUUUCUGUCUGAAUUCUGAGUUUACGUCUCACAAUUGUUUUAUGUUUCUAUAACAAAAAAUAAAAUUAAAAAAAGGAAAUUGCAACGUUUUCCUCACAAUUCUGACUUUUCUUCUCAGCAUUGCAAUUCUGCAUUUAUAUCUUGCGGUUCUUACAAAAAUUGACCAAAUUAUCAUAUAAUAAGUCACAAUUACUACAUUUGCUUAAUGGCUUUGACAAAGCAUCUGCCAUUGAUUGAUUAACAAGCUCGUAGCUUACAUUAGGUCCAUUUUAACCGUUUCAGUUGCCGUAUGGAGAAAAUUAAUUAGAUUAACUUUCCGAACCAGACUGUUUCGCUCUCUUCAUCUUGAUGGCAGUUGCUCAAAUAGUGCAGGAAAUACUCAAAUUAAAAUCUGCUAUCUUUGCUCAUGGGAUGACAAAGCAAUUUGAGCCAAAUCACGUGAUCCGUAAGUGUUAAAUGUCACUGAUGAAGCUGCAUGAUGAUGACGAGAGCGUGACGUGAAAGGCAGCAGACCGAGAAAUAUAUCCAUUUCACACACAACAACAAUAGACAAUGCUUUUUAGGAUUAAAUAGUGUACUUACAGCAUCCACCAGCAGAGCCUAACUGGACCAAACUAACCAACCAGACCUUGACCAGUUAACAUAAACUUCCUGUUUCAACAGGAAAUGUCAACACGGGAAAGAAAAAUGCACUUGUGCAACUAUUUUAUAGGCACAUAAAGGACCUUUAGCCUUAUCUAAUAUACAGUAUAUAUAUAUAUAUAUAUAUAUAUAUAUAUAUGUGACCCUGGACCACAAAACCAGUCUUAAGUCGCUGGGGUAUAUUUGUAGCAAUAGCCAAAAAUACAUUGUAUGGGUCAAAAUUAUAAAUUUUUCUUUUAUGCCAAAAAUCAUUAGGAUAUUAAGUAAAGAUCAUGUUCCAUGAAGAUAUUUUGUAAAUUUCUUACCGUAAAUAUAUCAAAACUUCAUUUUUGAUUAGUAAUAUGCAUUGCUAAGAACUUCAUUUGAACAACUUUAAAGGUGAUUUUCUCAAUAUUUAGAUUUUUUUGCUCCCUCAGAUUCCAGAUUUUCAAAUAGUUGCAUCUCAGACAAAUAUUGUCUGAUCAUAAACCAUACAUCAAUGGAAAGAUGAUUUAUUCAGCUUUCAGAUGAUGUAUACAUCUCAAUUUCGGAAAAUUUACACUUAAGACGUCCAGGGUCAUAUAUAUAUAUAUAUAUAUAUAUAUAUAUGUGUGUGUGUGUGUGUGUGUGUGUGUAUGUGUGUGUGUAUGUGUGUGUGUGCCAUCUUUAUCAACUGUUUACAGAGAAUGAACCAAGACUUGAACUCAUUGCUAUUAUGCAGCUAUUUCUCCAACACUAUUAAACACGAGACUCGAUUAUUAGACUAAUUUACAGUAAUUACAGACAUGGGUCUGUGGGGAUCCAAUAUAUACAAAUACAUUAAACCAAUAAAUAAUGUUAGUUAAUCUGUUUCUUGCUUUAUAUCGGGGUCUCGAUGGUUUGAUCAGCAAGGGUUGAUCUAACAGUUAAUGUCAACAGUGAUUAGCUAAAUGCUAAACUAAUGAAGAGAGAAGUUUGUGCUGUUUAUAGUAAACAGUCAGUGCCAUCAUAAGACCUUUAACCCUCCUGAUAAUCACUGAUACAAAUCAUGACCAAUAACUGAAUGAAGGAUAUUUUAAAGUCAUUCACUCGUCAGAAUAACCUUUCUCUCUCGUAAACCGAUGAAGUUUAAAGUCAAACCCAAAACAAACUGAGGAAGAAAAACCUGCUUCAGUGUCAAUAAGAGCCGCUGUCACCGUUCAUAACUCCUCUCAUCGAUAUAAAACAUGAUCAUAAAGUACAUCGUCCUGUAUUCCAUCUGUCUGUCAGAUUACUGUACAG